CACCAUUCCACAUUGCAAACAAUCAGUGCAACUUUCGUCUGAGACUCGUUGUCCGAGACAUCGGAGACAUCAUCUGCAUAACGCAGGCGGCGCCAUGGCCGCCAAUGGGCUCAUGUGGUGCGGCGGGAUCCAGGACGUGGGCUGGCUGGGCCCGCUGCUGUCACCAUGCACGUUCGAGAGCGGAGCGUCGGCGCUGCUGCUGGUGGCUACGCUGGUGUCGGUGUUGGCCCAGGGCGGCCGGCUGGGGCUCAUCCACCAACUCAAGCUUCAGGGCCGGCUGCGGCGCGGUGUGAGCGGCCUGUCUGGCGCGUUCAUCGCCUGCUGCCUGUUCAUGGUGGGCACGCACCUGCUGCACUUCAGCGUGGGGCUGGCCAUCCUGCGCCGCUUCCCCUUCCACGUCACCUACCACGCCUGCCUGGCGCUCACGUGGGGCACCAUGCUGGGCUUCGCGCUGUACACAUGUCGCGUGGCCGCCACUGUGGACUUCCGCUUCGUGACCGGGCCGGCCGUGGCGGUGUACUGCAUCAGCCUGUACUCUUUCUACCAUCUGUACUUCGACGCGCACAACUUCCCCAUGUCCUACAUCAAGGCCAGCAUCUGGACGGCCAUGCUGCAGUCCGCCAUGGCGGCCGUGACCACGUGGCUGGGCGCCAGGCGAGCCGCCAAGAACCCCUCGCUGCAGACAAUGCAGGCGCAGCUGGGCUUCGGCUAUGCCCCACUGUCGGGUGACGACGCAGCUGGUUCGCGCGCGGGCGGCAGCUCCUCAAAGCCGGGUGGUAGUGGUGAUGCCGGGCCCAGCGGAGCCUCAGCCGGCGGCGGUAACGCCGGUGACGGCGAGGGCGACGGGCGCACUUGGAUCAGCCUGUUUGGCGACGCGUGUGCCUACGUGUGGCCCACGGAGCUACACUUGCAGUUGCGCGCCAUCGCCUGCCUGCUGCUGCUGGUGGCCAUGCGCUUCAUCAACCUGGCCGUGCCCAUCCUGUACAAGCGAGUGGUGGACACACUGGCGGCGGCGUCCGCCAAACACCCCGCAGCGGCUGCGGGCGAGCCGCCCCGCGGUCUGGGAUUGGACCUAGGCAUCGGCCGCCUGGUGUCUGCCUGGCUCAAGGGAGGCGGUGAUGAUGCAGACCCCAGCGCCGUCAACUUCGGUGCACUUGUGUGGCCGUGGAUUAUCUUGUACCUGGCCGCGGUGUUCUUCCAGGGCGGCGCAGGCGGCGGCAUCGUGGGAUUCAUCAACAACAUGAGGUCCUACCUGUGGAUUCCAGUCUCGCAGGAUGCGUACAGGCGCAUCAGCCUGCGUGUGUUUGACCACGUGAUGGACCUGGACCUGACCUUCCACCUGCGCAAGAAGACGGGCGAGGUGACCAAGGUGGUGGACCGCGGCACCAACGCCAUGCAGAACAUCCUGUCCACCAUCCUCUUCAACGUGCUGCCCCAGAUAUUUGAUGUGUUGGCGGCUGCUACAUACCUGGCCCAGGCGCUAGAGCCGACCAUUGCGAUUAUUGUUUUUAUUGCGGUUGGGUCCUACAUCCCCCUCACCGUCAUCAUUACUGAGUGGCGCGGCAAGCUGCGUCGCGAGAUGAACGCCACGGACCAGGUCAAGUCCGCACGCGCCACUGACGCUCUGCUCAACUACGAGACCGUCAAGUACUUCACCAAUGAGCGGUACGAGUCGGUGGAGUAUGCCAAAGCCAUUGACGCCUAUCAGGACGCCGAGUUCCGCAGCAUGUCGUCCAUCAACGUCCUGAACGUGACUCAGAGCGCCAUCAUGUUUAUUGGCAUCGCCUCCGGCCUGCUCGUGUGCGCAGCCGGUGUGGCCGACCACUCGCUGACGGUGGGCGACUCGGUGCUGUUCCUGUCGCUCAUGGCGCAGCUGUACGGGCCACUCAACUUCUUCGGCUCCUACUACCGCACCAUCCAGCAGUACAUGAUUGACAUGGAGAACCUGCUUGAGCUGCUGGGGCGCCAGCCGGUGGUUGCAGACACAACCACCUCUCGUGACCUGGUGGUCAGCACGGGCGAGCUGGUGUUUGACGAUGUCAGCUUCCAGUAUGAGGCGGGCCAGACGGUACUGCGUAAUGUUUCUUUCCGGGUGCCGGGCGGUCAGACCAUUGCCUUGGUGGGCGCCACCGGCAGCGGCAAGUCCACCAUCACGCGCCUCAUCUUCCGCUUCUACGAUGUCUCCAGUGGCGCAGUGCGUGUGGACGGGCAGGAUGUGCGCAACGUGUCGCAAACAUCUCUGCGCCGUGCCAUCGGCAUGGUGCCGCAGGACACGGUGCUGUUCAACGACACCAUCAUGCACAACAUCCGCUACGGCAACUUGUCGGCCAGCGACGAGCAGGUGCAGGAGGCGGCCCGGCUGGCCUGCAUCCACGACACAAUCGUCAACCGCUUCCCCAAGGGCUACAGCACGGUUGUGGGCGAGCGCGGCCUGCGGCUGAGCGGCGGCGAGAAGCAGCGAGUGGCGUUUGCGCGCGCGCUGCUCAAGAACCCCGCCAUGCUGGUGCUGGACGAGGCGACCUCGGCGCUGGACACCAUCACGGAGAAGAAGAUCCAGGGUUCCCUGGCGGAGCUGCGCAACAACCGCACCACCGUCAUCGUGGCGCACCGGCUGUCCACCAUCGCGGACGCCGACAUCAUCGUGGUCAUGGCCACCGGCCGUGUGGUGGAACAGGGCAGCCACUCGGAGCUGCUGGCGCGCGGCGGCCUGUAUGCGGAGAUGUGGAGCCGCCAGGCGCAGAAGGCGCAGAACGGCGAGGGUAUGGACCCGCCCAGCGGUGAGCCAAGCUCCAAGUCGGGCAGUGCCCUGGACCUGAGGAAGCUGGACGACGGCGGCAGCGGCAGCAGUGGCGCAGUGGUCAGCCACGUCGCACCGACCCUGCAGGUCAGCAGCGUGUCAGACAGAUCAGGUACCAGCGCCAGCAACUUGACCGCCGCAGUGCCUGGAGCCAGCGGCGCGGGUACUGCGCCGGCGGAUGCUGCGGGCAGCGCUGUCAGCGCAAGGGCGGGUCCCAGCAGCAGUGGGCCUAGCGCGGGCUCUGCAGCUGCGCCGUCUGCUGCAGCGCCAUUGCCGCCAGCAGCUACUGCGCCUGCGCCGUCCGUGGCGGGGCUGGCUGGAGGCACCGAGCCGAGUGCGGCCACUGCCGCGGCGGGCGCAGAGGGCUCUGUUGAGGCAAAGGGCGAGGCGGAUGAGACCGAGGGUGGGAGCGCAGUGGACGCCCCAGGUGCGGGUGAGGCUGCAGGUGCGGCUGGAAAGUCCAAGAAGGGCAAGAAGAAGAAGUAACGGGACCGGAGACGUGGAAUGGAGGCUAGGCAGAUGUUAAGACAGGCACGAUGAACAAAAAAAGGAGGUGGAUGUGGAAUGGGACAGGAUCAAUGUCAGAUAAACCGCAAUCUAGGCCCCGCUACAGGUUUCACUUUAUGUGCUUGCGGUACCGUUCCGCUUGGCUAGUGAAUGGGCUUGUUUGACAUCCCGUACAGUACGUUUCGUUGGCCACUGCUGUCAUCGAUGCGAUGGGACAGGCAUACGGGGCAGGUUGGCGUAGUCCUAUAGGCUGUAGUGCAGCGUAUUCCCUGACCCAAGCAUGAAUUCGCAACGUCAAGGCGCGAUUACGCUGCUGGUAACGCCGGAGUUAAUGUACCGUAAUGAUCUAUCGCUGACUUGCUGGCAGGCCGGUAGCAGGGGUGCCCCUGGCUGGUAGUUUGCUGACGCGGAUUCCUCACGCUCCGGGCGCCCAGGCAUGCGAUAGCACCGUACACCGCGCAACGCCACACGCUUGAAGCAGAGGCACAGCGCACCGCGGGCAGCCGGGCACUGCUGCCAUGGAGCCUCUGAUGGAAGACAGAGCCACAGUGAUC